AUGGACAGCAGCUCCCAACAUGAGGGCGCACCUCGACGCCCCUCCAGGAGGAGCUCGAGUGCUGGAAGAAUGCACAGAAGAGAUUCGAACUUGAGCACUGCAAGUAUCGUCAGCGAUGUGGAGAUGUCGACCACUGAUGUGUUUUCGGGGCCCAUAUCGGAAUCUGUACCCUCUUCCGUGACGGGAUUUGCGUAUAGGCUACCUCGAAGGCGAGCUGGGUCGAUCAGUUCGUUCACGUACUUCACAGAGCAAGACCAAGAAUCGCCGAACGUUUUCUCGGACGAAGAAGCUGUCGAAAGCGACGAAGAGCAGGGCCACAUACCCGAUGAGGACCGAGACUUGGAGGCUGGCCUCGAGUCCGAUACCGCCCGCCGCAAGAGUUCAGGCAGAUAUCGGACAUCGGCAGACCAGCCUCUCCUUUAUAGGCACGAUUCGGCGAGGAGUGACACCCAGAAACACGAGGAUGGCGGCAACUUCAGUCAAAAACUAUACAUUGAAAAUGAGGACCUAACCAUGGCCAUUGCUGGGUUUAUGACGUCCACUAUCGGCUAUCUGGCCUAUCUGGCGAUCUGUGUCUUCACCGCGGGCAUUGGAUAUCUGGUCUUUCGCUGGGUGCCUAGGUGGCGCAUAUCUCUCGUUGGAUCUCCAGCACCCCUCAGAAAGUGCUCUUGGGUUGUCGUAGAGAAUCAAUGGGGUGAAUUUACCGUUCAUUAUGUGGUUUCCGAGGACUAUGGCCAUCCCAUGUCGACCGUUUUCACACGCUCCGGCAAGGAAAAGCUCAAUGGAUAUCGAUACGACAACGACGCGGAGUUGCGGCACCUGCGGUAUCUUGACUACAGGUACAUGAGGCUUCUAUAUUACCCGGUUGAGGAUAAAUUCGUCUUGAACAACGACUGGUGGGAUCCGCAAUGGGUGUCUGUCAAAGCUCUUCGGGAGGGCCUUGACACUGAGGAAAGAGACCCAAGAGACCAAGUCUUUGGCAAGAAUAUGAUUGAAAUUCAACAAAAGACCAUCCCAGAGUUACUGCUCGACGAGGCUUUUCACCCCUUUUACAUCUUUCAGGUCGCCAGCCUCAUUCUCUGGUCAAUGGACGAGUACUACUACUAUGCUGCGGCAAUAUUCCUUAUUUCGGUCUUCUCCAUCACUACCACGGUUGUCGAGACUCGUUCGACAAUGCGACGACUGAGGGAAAUUUCGCGCUUUGAGUGCGACGUUCGUGUGCUCCGUAACGGCUUCUGGCGUUCUGCGCUUUCUAGUGAUCUUGUCCCAGGGGACGUGUAUGAGGUCUCUGACCCGUCUCUUGCACAGCUUCCUUGUGACAGUCUGCUCCUUGCAGGCGAUUGUAUCAUCAACGAAAGCAUGCUCACCGGCGAAUCUAUCCCCGUAUCAAAAAUUCCUAUCACCGACGAGGCACUGCCGUACAUUGAUCUUGGUGCAACAUCAAUCCAUCCGAGUGUAGCUCGUCACUUCCUAUUCUGCGGCACGAAGAUCAUUCGUGCCAGACGCCCGCAAGAUACUGAGGACGACGAAGCCGUUGCUCUUGCUAUGGUGGUUCGUACUGGAUUCAACACAACCAAAGGUGCCCUUGUGCGGUCCAUGCUCUUCCCUAAGCCAUCAGGCUUCAAGUUCUACCGUGAUUCAUUCCGGUACAUUUCGGUGAUGGGCAUGAUCGCCGCGGUCGGAUUCAUUGCUUCAUUCAUCAAUUUUGUCAAGCUCGGUCUCGCUUGGCACUUGAUCAUUGUCAGAGCAUUGGAUCUCAUCACGAUCGUGGUGCCUCCCGCUCUACCAGCCACUCUGACGAUCGGAACAAACUUUGCGCUGGCACGCCUCAGAAAACAACAGAUCUUCUGCAUCAGUCCACAGAGAGUCAAUGUUGCCGGCAAACUGGAUGUUGUCUGUUUCGACAAGACUGGGACACUGACCGAAGACGGCCUCGAUGUACUUGGUGUCCGGCUUGUACAACAUCCGGAAAUCCGCUUCGGCGACAUUCUGGAGGGGGCACGUGAACUUCUUCCUCCAGCGUCCUACGACCGUGAUCCGACGGUCGACUACCGGGUGAAUAAAAACAUGCUCUACUCAAUGGCUACUUGUCACUCCCUUCGAAUGGUCGACGACGAACUGAUUGGCGACCCUCUUGAUCUCAAAAUGUUUCAAUUUACAGAGUGGUCAUUCGAGGAGGGUUCUCGUAACACGAGCCAUUUUAUCGAAGCUGGAACCCAUCAAACAGCACCCAGUGUGGCACGUCCUCCACAUGGAUUCGAGUAUGAUUUGGAAGAUUCUCAGGACAACGAGAACCCGGUGCGGGUGGAACUGGGCAUCUUGCGUUCUUUCGAAUUCGCCUCGCAUUUGCGACGAGCCAGUGUCAUCGUGCGGCAGCACUGUGACCCGGGAGUCAAUAUCUACGUCAAAGGUGCACCAGAGGUCAUGAAGGAUAUCUGCACAGCAUCGAGCAUUCCUGACGACUUUGACGACCUGCUCAACUACUACACCCACAAAGGUUUCCGAGUCAUUGCCUGCGCCUCGAAAUAUAUUUCGAGAAUGAGCUGGGACGAUGUUCAGAGCAUGGAACGGUCUGAAGCUGAGUCGCGUCUUUCACUGAUCGGCUUCAUCAUUUUCGAAAACAAACUCAAGGAAAUCACCACCGAGAUCAUCGAAGAACUGAACGAGGCCAAGAUCCGCAAUGUCAUGUGUACAGGAGACAACAUCCUCACAGCUAUUAGCGUGGCGAGAGAGUGCGGCAUUAUUGAUCGCAAUGCACACUGCUUCGUUCCUCAUUUCGUCGAGGGAGACAAGAUGGACGCUAGAGCACGCAUUUGCUGGGAAAGCGUUGACAAUCAAAUCUAUCAACUUGAUGAAAACACUUUGCUACCUCAGCCAUUACCAGUCGAGGACGACAAUGCGGCUCCAUAUGAUGCAAUCGCCAUUGGCGAUUAUACCCUGGCGGUCACUGGCGAUGCUUUCCGCUGGAUCAUUGAUUUUGCAUCCACAGAAGUAUUACAGCGGAUGCUCGUCAAAGGCGCAGUCUUCGCUCGGAUGUCUCCCGACGAGAAGCACGAGCUUGUUGAAAAGCUCCAAAGCAUUGACUACUGCUGUGGAUUCUGUGGUGAUGGCGCGAAUGACUGUGGCGCGCUCAAGGCUGCAGACGUUGGCGUCUCACUUUCGGAAGCUGAAGCUUCUGUCGCUGCGCCGUUCACCAGCCAUAUUUUUGAUAUUUCCUGCGUGCCUGCUCUGAUCAAGGAAGGCCGUGCCGCUUUGGUGACCAGCUUCUGCUGCUUCAAGUACAUGAGCUUGUACUCGGCCAUUCAGUUCACGUCCGUCAGCUUCCUCUACGCGUCGGCAUCAAACCUCGGAGAUUUCCAAUUCCUCUUCAUCGAUCUUGCGUUAAUCUUGCCACUAGCAAUAUUUAUGGGUUGGACUGGUGCAUAUCCCGUUCUGAGCAAGAAACGCCCGACCGCAAGCCUCGUAUCCCGAAAGGUCUUGACGCCGUUGCUGGGCCAGAUCUUGCUUUCGGUUCUUGUUCAACUGGUCGCGUUCGAGACGGUUCAACAACAACCAUGGUACAUACCACCGCGACUGGACAAAGAAAAGUCCAAUGUCGACAACUCUCAAAACACCGCCUUGUUUUUGGUAUCGUGCUUCCAGUAUAUACUUUCCAGUGUCGUCCUCAGUGUUGGCCCCCCAUUCCGACAGUCUCUGGCGACGAAUGUGCCUUUUUGCGUCACGAUUGUGGCGGCACUCCUGAUUUCUCUAUACAUGCUUCUAGACCCGGCCAAGUGGUUGGCGGAUUUCAUGGAUCUGACGGAGAUGACGGCGGACUAUGAAGUUUUCUUGCUGGUGUUGGCUGUGGCAGGGUUUGCCGUUGCCUACCUAGCGGAGCAAUACUUCUUUCCCCUGCUGGCGAAAUACAUUGGGCGACUCAAGUCGAGGCUGAGACCUGGACACCCCAAAAAGAGAAAGCAGUACAAGCUCAUCGCCGAGGACAUUCAGAUAAGCACAUAA